AUGGCAUCCCUUGCGGUGCUCGAGGAGGGGCGCCGAGCCUCGGUGGCUGCUCGCGGCACCUGGGCGGAAGCGCGGGACGAGGCGGCCUUGGCUGCCAACGUCUACGGCCAGGCUGUCUAUGCCAUGGAGUCCUUCCUGAGUGAUGCUGGGAUCUGGGGGCGGUUCCAAAUGCUUUGGCCAGCCAUGCAGCCAUGGAAGGGGGUGUUGUACUUCAGCUUCUUCUCGUCACAUUUGGAGAGAGCUGCUCGCCUUCUUCUGCGCCUUGUUCUCGCAGCGACAUUUGGGGCACUGCUGCGCCAGGCCAUCUUCGGAGCUUUCGCACGGUCGGCAACACACCAGCUUUGCCGGGUGCGUGGAGGGGACGACACGCUGGCGCUCCCCGUGUCGCUGCUGUGCCAUGCUAUGGGGAUCCUUUGCUGUGCGCCUUUGUCCAUGGCUCCAUUGGCUACGAAGCCCCGAUGUGCUUGGCUCCGUUGGGCCUUGCUCGUUCUCGGCAACCUGGCCUCACUGUUGAUCAUCGUCCUCUUCCUGGCGAAUUCCAGCGAUGCAGAUGGCGUGUGGUGGCUGAUCUGUCUCAUCGGGAUCCUCACACAAGAAUUCUUGCUCCUUCCACUUCUCACGGCCUUUGGUCUCGCCACCUUAGCCACGGUCCUCCUGCGCCGACACUCCGAUCUUGCGGAAAGCUUGAGGGACUGCUCCGCCCAGGCUCUGGCGCCCUUCCUCGAGCGUGAGAAGUCCAAGGUGAUCGUAGAAGAUGCUGUGACGCCACUCAAGCGGGCACGCGUGCAGGCGUCGGGAGUCCUCGCCGGCAUGGAAGGCAUGCAAAGCCUGGAGAUCGGCCGCGGCAAGCGGAAGGUCCACUUCGCAGCGCCUGGUGAGCGGAAGGCCACCUGGGGAAACCCGCAUUUGAAGCGGAACCCUGGGCCCGGCACCUACGAGCACGAGCCGGUAAAGGUGGACUUGCCGCUGCGACUGCCAGGAGGCACUGGUGGUGGCGGGCCGCCGAUGGAACCGCCAGGGUUCGGCUCCGAUGUGCCGCACUGCUCCACGACCUUCGCUUCCAGCAAGGUGCCGACGGCAUUCUUCCCGAAGUCCUUCUCCCCAGCAAUGCUGCCGGGGCCCGCGACGUACUUCGCCGAGCCUGCGCCAAAGUCCAGCCCGGAUCGGCCCCUGCCAGCCUUCCGCUCCGUGUCGGCGCGCUUCGCGGACAGAGAAAGCGCGGCGAGCCCUGGACCCGGUCACUACCCGAGCCUGUCGGACUUUCCGGACGAUCGGAUACGGCGCGCCAGGAGUGUACCCGACUUCAUGAACAGGAAGUUUUUCGGAGUCCAGAAUCCGUACCAGCUGAAGUCCCUCCGCGAGACUGACGGAGCCUCUCUGGCAGGAUUCGGCUCACGCAGCCCUCAGCGUCCUGUCACAGUCAGCAAGAGCUCUGCGGCGCCUGGCAGCUACGAUCCGGAGAGUUCCAUUGGCCAGUCGAUUUCGGCUAAGCUGCGGCAGCUGGCAAAGAUCGCCCAGGGGGGCGCUUUUGGGGGCUCGAAGACAGGGGAGCGCUUCUUCCAGGGCCCAGGGACAUCAGGCGAUAACGCGAUUUCCAUGUCGGCACCAUCGUUGCCGCAAGCCGACCCGGUCAAGGACGCUGGUGAUGCGGCCAGGGGCUCCUUCAAGUCCGAGGCUCCGAGACUUCCGGCUCCCACCAACGAGGAGCUGCCCGGGCCCGGCGCGUACGAUCCCAUCACGAAUCCGGAUUUCCGCACGGGCUGGAGGAUCGCGAAGACAGACCACGUGGGUUUCGGCGGCAGCGGUGCCCGGUUUGCCAGCGGGGAGACCGAUGUUCCGCCACCGGGGUCCUAUGAGAUGGCGCACGAGAACAUCCGGGGUGGCUACCAUCCCUUUCGAUCCACGGAGGCGCGUGGGCUGCCGAUGCCGAAGGUGGCUCCAAAGGGCCUCGAUCCAGGCUGUUAUGACGUGGCGAGAAGCUUGAUUCGCAAGACCUUCAACACCAAGGUCGAGGAGCAUGCUCUGCUCUUGCAGACGCCCAGCGACAAGCGCCCGCCCCCGAGGGGUCCCUUCCCGUGGGCUGAAGGCUCCAGCUGGAAGCCCAAGCAGGCACUUGAACGAGCCGCGUUGGAGGAUGCGCCGAGCCAGGCCGGCUGA